AUGAGUUACCGAAGAACAUCAGUCUCGCUGCUCGGUGACAGCGAUGGAUCGUCGGAAGCCACCGAAGGCCACUGCGAGGCGCCUUCCGACCUCCGCUGGCGACACGUUGGCAUCGCACUGGAAAAGGUCGCCGAAACGGCUCAUCGCAAUCGCAGACCGCAUCUUGGCGUCCUGUCAGAUGUCAAGCAACGCUCAAGUCGACUAGGAGCUCGCUCUAUCGUUGGAGCUGGGAUGCUCUACAUCGUUCUCGGGUAUCCUGCAGCCUUUUCGAACGUAGGGCUCCAUAUCGCAUCGUACAUGCGUGUGUUCGGAACGAACAGCGCAGUGGAUCAUCAGAGCAUCGCAUUGGGAUUCGUGCUUUCCCUGCUGACGCAGACCCUGGCGGGGCUGCUGACAGCACCGGUCGCCAAGAGGUUUAGCGAGAAGGCACUAACCCUCGCCGGGUGCAUCGGGGUGGUGCUAUGUGUGGCAGGCGCUGCAUGGCACCUGCAAGACUACGUGAGCUUUCUAUUGUGGUAUGGGCUAGGUGCGGGAUUCUUCUCGGGCCUCGCCAUGUGGCUACCUGCUAAAAGCGUGCUACGGCUGAACCCUCUGAGACGCGGAUUUAGUUGCGGAUGCAUGUAUGCGAUAAUGGGCACGGCGUUGCUGUUGGUUGGGCCCCUACAGCUGUCGUACCUCGGAGGUUGGUGGGAUCAUGACACGGAAGUCCCGAAGGCAUCGGAGAAUCGGGCACCACCACAAUUGCCGCCGAAACACGUCGAGCAUCACGAUUCGAGGUUGUUUCACGUCGAGAACGUCGAAUUGCGUAGAACCCGCGGGCUGUUGAUGUUCACAGCGAUAGGGUACCUCAUCAUCACGGUAGGACCAGACCACAUGGCCUCCAAUGUGGCGCAGGCUUGCGGGUGGCGAUGGGCUUUUCCAGACAACGCACCCGAAGACGACGAGAACACGGAACAGCACGUCUCCGAGUACGUGCCCUUCUCCAUCAAAGGCGAAGUGCUGCACCAUAGUCAGCAGCAUCCUCGGGAGCUCAGCUGGCGAGAUCAGGCGUGCAUGUGGCUGCUCUCAUACUUCACGUGGCAGGCGGUGAUGUACAUCCACUCCUACUGGCGCAACAUCGCCGCUGUCAAGUACGGGGCGACCACGCGCGGCAUAGUGGUCGCGGAUUUCAUCGUGCGAUGUACGAGUCUUCUGGGUAGAAUUAUAUGGGGUCUUAUUUUGGACUCUCACGGGUGGCGCGUUACAUGGGCAACUUUUUCACUAUUCCUCCUUGUCGUCACCGUCACUCUUACCCAUCUCUGCCAAACCAGUUUCGUUCUUUACGUUGUUUGGGUUUCAGCAGCAUACUUUGCAAACUCCGCCGUAUUCUGCGUGGUGCCCAUGACUGCGCACAACGUGUGCGGGUCAGAGGGCAUUCGAGUCAUCCUGCGUCGCAACAAAGGUGAUUGCGAGCCCCUUGGUGCCGAACCUACCCGCGCGUCCCACGCGGUGAAGGUAAGAAUCGGUGGAGUCGGGCAUGUCGUAGUUGAUAACGAUGUUCACACGCUCAACGUCGAUGCCCCUACCGAACAGGUCAGUCGAGACCAUGAUGCGCUUGUCGAAGUUUUUGAACUGAGUGUAGCGAGCAAUGCGCUCGGUCUGCUCAAGCCCAGCGUGUAUGGCGAUAGACGGGAAGUUGCACUCGUUGAGCAGGUUGUCGAGCGUUUGAGCCCUCGAAAUGGACUUCACGAAAAUAAUGACCUGGUUGAAUUCCAGAGUGUCGAGCAGGUCAUUCAGCUUGCGAUUCUUGUCGCUCUCAGAAAGCUUGAUGUAGUACUGGAGCAGGCCGUGGAGAGUCAGCUUAGACUCGUCGUCCACGAAGACCUCCACGGGCGACUGCACAAAGCGCUUGCACACGUCACGUACCUCGUUGUUCAUGGUGGCGGAGAAGAACAUAACCUGCUUCUUUUUAGGGGUUGA